GUCGACGUGACGUCUCCAUCUAUCAUGCUGAUCUACGCUCUUCUCGUCCUAAUGCCUGCUGUCAGCUUAGCUGCGAAAGUCAAUGAUUUUGUGACAAUAGUGUUAUACGUAUUUGAUCAAAAUAAAAAUAAUCAAGUCGAUUUUGGGGAAUACAUGAACAUUCUGAAGCACUUCACUGAUGCAAAAACAAAUGAAGUCAAGUGUGUAGCGUUCCCCAUUUAUAAACCAGUCCUGAGCG